AUGGACCCCCAAUUACAUGAGGCCGCAAGACGAGGGAGCAUCCCACUCCUGAAAGCCAUCAAAGAUGAGGACCAACAAAUUCUCCACUCUACAGCUCCCCAAAUGAACAAUGCCCUACACAUUGCAGUGAGAUUAGGACAUGCAGAGUUCACCAAAGAGAUCUUGGGCCGAUGUGGGGCCCAUCUCAUGCAAGUGAAAUCCACAGGUGACACUCCUUUACACUGUGCCACAAGGACUGGACGGCUCAAUGUGGUUGAAAUCCUAUUGAAUUGGAUUGAGACAGAAGACAGAAGUCUGGGGCUACUUAGGAUGACCAACAAGGAAAAGAACACGGCCUUACACGAAGCAUUGAGAAAUCGGCACGGCCCUGUGGCCAUGAAGUUAUUAGAAUCAGAUUGGAAAUUGGCGUGUUUGGUUAAUGAAGCUGGUGAAUCGCCAUUGCAUAUAGCUGCCAGAGAGGAGUUCCUGCAAGUUGUUCAGAUGAUUUUGGACACUACACCAUCAGCAGAUGAGCUUAUGCCUAUACAAGCAGUUGUAAACAGGAUUCAUGUUGGGAAUGAGUUGCCAACAUUUCAAAAAAUUUCUGCUAUGCUUUCAUUCUGCAUUAUCAUUUCUCUAAUGAAUUCCAUGCAAACACACCAAUGGGAGCAAAAGAGAGACAUAGUCAGAAUCCAAGACACCCAUGGCCGAACUGCCCUUCACUAUGCAGCAUGCCAAGACAAACCUACCAUAGUUUCAAUGUUAUUGAGAUCUGACCGUUCCCUCGCUUACAUAUUAGACAACAAUGGCUGCUCACCUCUUCACAUUGCGGCUGCUUCUGGUUCCCCAUUGGUGAUCACUGAGCUACUUAAACACUACCCGGACGUUAGCGAGCAACUCGAUCCAAGUGGGAAGAAUGUAUUUCACAUUGCUAUUAUAUACAGCAAGUAUUCCACCGUUCACGGCUUAUUGCGUAUGCCAGAGCUUGAGGGGAUGAUAAACGAGCCCGAUGCAGAUGGAAACACUCUUCUUCAUCUUGCUGCGAAGUACCGUAGUGAUGCACUGUUGCUGUUGUUGUCAAGGGACAGAAGGGUGGACAUGACGAUCAUGAAUAAGGAUGGUCAGACUGCGCUUGACCUUAUAGAAAUGGACCCGGAGAAUCACGAAAUUCAGCUGCUCAUCUUGAAAUACUUGAGAUAUCAUGGCGCGAUCCAUGGACGGCGGCAGCAAAUGCCUAGUGGAAUCGAAGAAACAAGGCUGCAAAAUAUCGACGUGGCUGAUUGGAACGAGCGCUACAAAGCCGGGGUCAGCACAUACACAUUAGUGGCUGCACUCAUCGCCACCGUCACCUUCGCUGCCACAUUCACAAUGCCAGGUGGGUACAGGAAUGAUGACCCAAACCAAGGUGCUGCAGUGCUCGUGAAGCGUUGGUCAUUCAAAGCUUUCUUGUUCUCAAAUACAAUUGCGUUAUGUUGCUCACUUAUUGUCGUUGUCUGCUUCAUCUGGGCAUGGGGUCAUCACAUGAGUUUCUUACGUGAUAUGCUUAUGUGGGGCCAUCGGCUUACGAUCAUUGCAUGCCUGGCGCUGAUGGUUUCAUUCAUGGCAGCUGUGUAUGCAGUGGUUGCACCAGAGUGCUUGUGGCUAGCUAUUUUGAUCUUGGCUAUUGGUUGUAGCGGGCCAUUCCUUGUCUACUGUUUGAUUGGUCACACAAUCUGGUACAUUCCUUCCUAAGGUGUUUCGUGGGCUGGAAAGAUCAGUGGUCCAAUAUGAGAAGCCAGUUUGAUGCCUGUGACUGCAUGGAUGUUGUAAUCCCACCAUUUGGUAAGUAAACCAUCUAAAGGUAACCAUAAUUGCAAGUUGCCCCAAAAUUGAGUACUUCUGCUUAUAAAAAUGUAUAUCGUCACUAGCCAUUUAUGUACAACGUUUAUAGAAUAAGCUUAUUUUGUAACAUUUUUGUAUGGGCACUACUGUGAUGUGUGCAUGACAUUCACUCCAAUAUAUCAUACACCCUCUCUUAUAUUUGUUGAUAGUAUUUAAAAAUAAUAAUCUAAAUAUACUUGUUACUUGAAA